AUGCCUGAAACCACCGUGAAAGCGCCCAAGAAGGGCUCAAAGAAAGCCGUGUCUAAGAGCGUUAGUAAGACCGGCAAGAAAAAGAGGAGGACCAGGAAGGAGAGCUACGCCAUCUACGUGUACAAGGUGCUGAAGCAGGUCCACCCCGACACCGGCAUCUCGUCCAAGGCUAUGGGCAUCAUGAACUCGUUUGUGAGCGACAUCUUUGAGCGCAUCGCCGGUGAGGCCUCCCGUCUGGCUCACUACAACAAGCGCUCCACCAUCACUUCCAGGGAGAUCCAGACCGCCGUCCGCCUGCUGCUGCCCGGGGAGCUGGCCAAGCACGCUGUGUCUGAGGGCACCAAGGCCGUCACCAAGUACACCAGCUCCAAGUAA